UUCAACAGGCAGGCAGGUCUUUUUUAGCAUGGCCACAAAAGGAAGACCAUUUUUCUUUCUACUCAUCGUGGCCUGUGAAGCUUUGGCCACGCCACCAAAAGAGUUGCCUGCAAAUAAAUGUGACUUCACAGACAUGGCCCAAAAACUGAUGAGGAAGUGCCUAAUGAAGGGAUACCCGGCGCCUAUGUUGAUGCAGCUGAAAACUAUCUUCAAUAACAGUGACUUGCCUAUGGCAUACAGAAACUCUAAGCAAUCUGACACCCUCCUAUCUACAUUUGUCAAUGUCAUGCAGUCAGUCUUUCCUGAUGGAGCCAACAAAAACCCACAAGUCAAUAAAAUGACAAACGAGAUGUGUAAUUUCAGCAAUCUUCCAACCAUGAUCAAGCUGAUGAGGAACUCCUCUGUGGCAUCUGCAUGUUACAUGCAAGCAUUUGUGGCCCCUCUGUCCUGGGCAACUUUGACCUCACAGAGUGGAAACAACAUGACCUUAGAUGACUAUGACACAUUGCUGUGGGCUGCCAAACCUGCGCUGCAGGGUAUGCCUUUAAGAGAAGUGAACCUUCCUACCAAUGUAGGAAUGCGCGAACACCUGAAAAAGAUGAUGGCGAUGCUGAGGGAGGUGUAUAGUGACAUGUCUAAAGACCAAAGGACUGAAGUGGUAAAAUGGGGAAAAGAGCAGAUCACCCAGAAUUACUUCAACUGUACAAUGAUCCCACCUUCUGACUCCAAAUCAAUGCCGAUGCAGUGCUGCAAACCUGGAAAACUGGAAUGGCUGAACUUGGAUGCAUUGAACAUGAUGGGACCAUACGUCUCCCGUUUAGCACCAAACGAUGUUGAUUCUUCUCCCAAAGAACAGCUGUGUGAAUACUUCCGCUCAGCCAAGUUCAAAUCCGCCACGAGUAUGACCACUGACAUGAAACCCAGCCUGGGCGAGAAGUUUUUCAAAAAAUUUCAAGAGUGCUUCGGUGGAAAGACGUUUGCUGAGAAUGUGGACAAGCUCGGCAUACUGGCCUGUCAUUAUUCCGCUGCUCUAGACUUGACUCCUGACCUCAGCCGGAAACUCCUCUCUGAGCUUAACAACUGCGAUGAUGGCAGCAACCCCAAAAUCACACAGCUGAAGAAAGCUCUUGUCAAGUCUGUGAUGUCAAAUGCCAGCAGCCCUAAAGCAUUACUCAGUCUGGGUAGCAGCGUUAACUUGCUGUCGUCUAAACAACUGUCCGAGAUCCCUGACAAAGUUCUCAAGGAAUUUGUCCAAAACUACACCGUCCCAUGGAAACGAGGCCAUCAGCGCACCCUGGUCCAGAAACUGCUGGGCAAGGAGUGUAAAUCGGUGUCCGGUAAGGACCUGAUAGCCCUUCAGUCAGUUGCAGAAGGUUUGCCAAGCUGUGUGCUCAAGCAUGUCAAGGAGAUCCUGAAUGAUACAGAGGGCCUGAAGAACAUCUCUAAUCGGAUGAGGAAGGGGCAGCUGAUGGCCAUGCUGCAGGGGCUUCUCCAAGACGUGGCUCCCUCAGAGCUGGUGCAGAAAAUGUCAGGGCCUUUGCUUCGCAGCCUUCCUCUAAACAAGCUGGACAAAGCAAACAUCACCUCUUUGGACCAAGUGGUGGAUAAAAUGUGGAAUCAGGCACAGGCAGCUUUCCUGGCAAAAAAGAUGCACGAUCAAAAUAUGCUUCAAUGGAGGCUGCAUUCAGUCCUUCAGGGAGUAACCUGUAAGAUGAUCAACAAAGUAGCAGACAAUGACACGCAAGACAUGGUUCAGGCCAUUUCAGAGACUCCACAGUGGCUCUCCAAAGUGCAGGCAGGAUGUGCUGCCCAAAAGCUUUUUGCAACUUUGGAGAAAAAGAGAGCUGACUACUUCAAAACCAUCACUGAGGCAGAGAUGAAAAACAUUCCCACAUACUUACUUCUUCACCUGCCGCCUUUGAAGGUGAAGGAUUUGCCCGAUUCUGUGUGUCCUGUCUUCCUCGACAAGAUGAAGGAGGCCAACCUGAGCUCAUUACCUCAACGUUCCCCAUCUCGCCACGCACUUACCCAGAGAGCUCUGCUUUGCCUGGCCAAUGGGAAAAACGUAUCUGAGCUGACCAAUGAGGAUGUGUCCAGGCUUGGACCGCUUUUGUGUGAGCUUCAGCCAUCCCAACUGCUCUUCAUGGCCCCUAAUGUCUUCAACUCCAGCCUCAAGGCCAUGGCUUCCUGCCAGCACAUUCCUCAACACCACAGGGCAGAUAUAAUUCAGCUGGUCACGCAGACUUUUGGGAAUCCAUCUAAUUGGUCAGCUGAGACUAUGGAAGCACUGGGUCCUCUCUUUCUUUUGGAUGACAAUGCCACAUCUGCUCUGCCCAAUAAGCCUUGGAUGGAGGACGUUCUCUAUUUCCUGAAGUUGAGCCUCAAACAGACCUCUGACGCCCUGAGAAAGAAAGUCUUCAGUCUCAUCACCACCACCACCACAUCAAAUGCAGCGCGUAAAAAGAGAGCAGCCAACAGUAUUGGUAAUGAUAGUAAAGCACUCACCGUGAAGGUGAUUGAAGAAUUGGGAAUGGACAACGUCUACUGGAAAGCUGCACAGCUGGAUCAGAUGUCAGCCGAAACCUUCCUCGCUACUUUAGAAACACUCGGCGCCGUCCCUGGCUAUAUUCCAGAUUAACUGGCCACGCUCAAUAAAAAAGCAAUUAUGAUAUUUGGCGCAGUGUCACAGAUGAAUGAGAGUGUGAUGAUGCAGAUGGGAUGUUUAACUCAGGGCUUCUCCAACGCAGACCUGGAG